ACACUACCCAGCAUGCAACGUAGCCAUCUUGUUUUUUUCUUCGCCCAGCGACAGAAGAAAAGUCCCAUUUCUGAGUUCCCGGUGUAACAAUCGGAAGAAUAUAUUUGACUCAACUCUUGUACGUGCGGCUAAUAAGACGUCCAACAGAUGAACGCUCGCCAAGUAGAAGGUCCCCCUCAGCAGCGGGAGGAUCCACUGCCCCCCCGCAUUAAAGAGGAAGAUGAGGAAGUGUGCAUCACUCAGGAGGAGGCUCAUCUCCCCGAGCUUCCACUGACUGUGAAGACUGAAGACAAACCACCCGAGUCCUCACACCUUCACAACAGUCCAAACGUCCGCGAGGAACAUCUUCUCCCCGAGCAGCGGGGGUGGAGCUUCAGCGUGGUGAAGGAGGAGCCACAGACCUCCAACUUUAAAGAGGAAGAGGAGGAGCACAGCAUCAGUCAGGUGGGAGAGCAUCUCCAAAGGGUUGUGAAGAGUGAAGGGGAUGAGGUCAAAGGUGAGAGAGACCACUGUGGAGGACCACCAGCGGACAUGAGCUUAGCUCCACUAUCCGAUAGUGACGAGACCACGUCUCACUCUUCUGACACUGAUGAUGAUGACGAUGACGACAGCGAUGAAGACUGUAAAGAUGCCAACACACCCUUGACAUGUUCUCACUGUGACAAAACCUUUAAAUACCCGAGUAAACUGAUAAGAGACAUGAGAACGUACACCGGAGAAAAACCCUUUUCCUGCUCAGCCUAUGGCGACUAUGUCACUCAAAGGCAACACUCGAGAGCGGACGCCGGCGGGAAACCAUACUCCUGCUCCAUCUGCCACAAGAGCUGCGCCGACCAAUCGUCGCUGGGCGUGCACAUGAGGACGCACACCGGGGAGAAACCCUUUUUAUGCACCGUCUGCGGUAAAGGUUUCGCGCAGAGCGGCAAUUUGAAAAACCACGUGAGAAUACACGCCGGAGAGAAGCCCUUCUCGUGUUUGGUCUGCGGCAAAGGUUUUGCCCAGAGCGGGAACUUGCAAAGUCACAUGAGAACGCACACCGGCCAGAAGCCCUUCUCCUGUCCCCGCUGCGACAAAAGGGUCCGCGACCGCUCGUCGCUCGCCAAACACAUGAGGACGCACACCGGGGAAAGACCCUUUUUCUGUUCCUUCUGCGACAAGAGUUUCACGCAGAGUCACCAUUUGAAGAAACACCUGAAAACACACACAGGUGAGAAAGUGUAGUGUGUGUGUGUGUGUGUGUGUGUGUGUGUGUGUGUGUGUGUGUGUGUGUGUCAGGGGUCACCAACCUUUUUGAAAGCAAGAGCUACUUCUUGGGUACUGAUUGAUGCGAAGGGCCACCAGUUUGAUACACAAUUAAAUAAAUUGCCAGAAAUAGCCAAUUUGCUCAAUUUACCUUUAACUUUAUGUUAUUUUUGUGAAGUGAAUUAUAUUUAUAUAGCGCUUUUCUCUAGUGACUCAAAGCGCUUUACAUAGUGAAAGCCAAUAUCUCAUUUUUACAUUUAAAGCAGUGUGGGUGGCACUGGGAGCAGGUGGGUAAAGUGCCUUGCCCAAGGACACAACGGCAGUGACGAGGAUGGCAGAAGCGGGAAUCGAACCUGCAACCCUGAAGUUGCUGGCACGGCCACUCUACCAACCGAGCUAUGCCGCCCAUAUUAAUAAUUUAUGAUAUUUAACACUGAUUAUCUUAAUGAUUUCUCAUAAUAAAUAUAUAUAGAAACAGAUAAAUAUCAAAAUGCAACACUUUAUGUUUAUAUUUUCUCUAAGUGCACAUUUUUCAAAUUGAACAUUCUCAAACGAUGACUUCUAAGACAGUCUUAUGAAAUCACAAUAUCCCAUUUUAACUAGCUAGCCACUAACAUUUUUUUUUUAAACAAAUCAUGAAUUACUUUGCACCAUGUUUGUACAAAUAAUAACUCAUGUAAAAAACAAAAGUCAACUCUCAAAUUUUUUAAUAAAUCAUGUGAUUCAAACAAGAAUAGCUAAAUACAUAAAUCUAUAUACAUAUUAAAAAAAAUGUGUAUUUCUGUCAUUCCGUCGUACAUUUUUUUUUUCCUUUUACGGAAGGUUUUUUGUCGAGAAUAAAUGAUAAAAAAAAAGCACCUAAUUGAAGGGUUUAAAAGAGGAGAAAACAGGAAAAAAAGGAAAUUUUAAUUUUGAAACAUAGUUUAUCUUCAAUUUCGACUCUUUAAAAGUCAAAAUUCAACUGAAAAAAAGAAGAGGAAAAACUAGCUAAUUCGAAUCUUUUUGAAAAACUUUAAAAAAUAAUUUAUGGAACAUCAUUAGUCAUUUUUACUGAUUAAGAUUAAUUUUAUAUUUUUGAUGACAUGUUUUAAAUAGGUUAAAAUCCAAUCUGCACUUUGUUAGAAUAUAUAACAAAUUGGACCAAGCUAGAUUUCUAACAAAGACAAAUCAUUAUUUCUUCGAGAUUUUCCAGAACAAAAAUUGUGCAAGAAAUUCAAAAGACUUUGAAAUAAGAUUUAAAUUUGAUUCUACAGAUUUUUUAGAUUUGCCAGAAUAUUUUUUGGGAAAUUUUAAUCAUAAUAAGUUUGAAGAAAUAUUUCACAAAUAUUGUUUGUCGAAAAACCAGAAGCAAAAAUAAAGAAUUAAAUAAAAUGUACGUAUUAUUCUUUACAAUAAAAAAAAUACGUGAACAUUGAUUUAAAUUGUCAGGAAAGAAGAGGAAGGAAUUUAAAAGGUAAAAAGGUAUAUGUGUUUAAAAAUCCUCAAAUCAUUUUUAAGGUUGUAUUUUUUCUCUAAAAUUGUCUUUCUGAAAGUUAUAAGAAUUAAAAUAAAAAAAAUAAAUGAAUUUAUUUAAACAAGUGAAGACCGAGUCUUUCAAAUAUUUUCUUGGCUUUUCAAAUUCUAUUUGAGUUUUGUCUCUCUUAAGCGAGACCAGCUUGCUAGUAAAUAAAUAACAUUUAAAAAAUCGAGGCAGCUCACUGGUAAGUGCUGCUAUUUGAGCUAUUUUUAGAACGGGCCAGCGGGCGACUCAUCUGGUCCUUACGGGCGACCUGGUGUUGGUGACCCCUGCUGUGUGGUGAGAGAUUUGCAGUUUAUUUAUUUGCAGCAGCAAAUAAACUGUCAGGACUUGAACCUCCUAACAAUAUCAGCAAACACACAUGAUAUUGUCAAAAGGAUUUGACUCACACAUGAAGAUGAAGUGCCAUCCCAUUCCUAACCUGUAGGGCUCAGUACGACCAUUACAGCUUCAACUCUUCUGGGAAGGCUGUCCACAAGGUCGCCGAGUGUCUUUAUGGCAUAUUUCCCACCACCAAAAGCGCAUUGGUAAAGUCACACGCUGAUGUUGGCGGAGAAAUCUCCGUUUCUUAUUCAUCCCAAAGGUGUUCAUGUCAGGACUCUGUGCAGGCCAGUCAAGUUCAUCCAUGUCUUUGUGGACCUUGCUUUGUGCACAGUCAUGUCGGAAGAGGAAGGGGCACGCCAAAAAACUGUUCCCACAAGGUUGGGAGCAUGGAGUUGUCCAAACUGUUGUGGUAUUCUGGGGCAUUCAAAGUUCAUUUCACUGGAACUAACUCCUGAAAAACAACCCCACAACCAUAAUUCCUCUACUGACCCCUCUCUGUCAGUUUUAAUCGGCCUACCGCUUGGUGGCUGAGUUGCUGUUGUUCCCAAACUCUUCACUUUUUCUAUAAUAAAGUUUCGGAGCGAGGAAAUUUCA